GCCCGGGUGAAGUCCGUCUAGACUCGGCUCACUUGGAAUCCUCAUCCAAUCGAUCUCACGGUACCUGGUCUACACUCCUGAAAAGCCAAAAACUUCCAUUUCGAAAGCUGUGGGCGCUUACCCUUUGUUCAUCCCACAAAGCCACCGAGAGUGCUCUCUUCUUGAUUUGGCUCAAGCUCUACCCGAAGGCAAGCAGAAUGGCGCUACAAUGUCCAUUGCUCCUCAACUGUUCGACGCCUGUUCCAAGAGAAGAGACCCAUCUCCAAGUCCCACUUCUAUGUGCUCGCUCUGUUCCUCUCCACCCAAAGAGUCACGGGAGCUUUAAACCCCCUUCACCAAUUGCUGGUGGUUUCGUUCCCACGUCCCCAAAACUGAAGGUGAGAGCUUCCAAAGCAAUUGAAGUUGUCCUCGGCGAUGGGAAAGAUGAUGAAGACACCGACUCUGACGAGGAAGAAAAGAACCACGGCAGUGAUGAUGGCCCGUCUCUAAUGACCGAGGAGGAGAGGAAGGAGAUGAGAAGGAAGAUCAGGGAGGUGCUCGACAAUGCACCGGAUGCAGAAGAGGAGACCGACCCAGUCCAGAGGAAGAUUAAGAUGCAAAAGCUUUUAGCUGAUUACCCUCUAGUUGUUGAAGAGGAUGAUCCUGACUGGCCCGAAGACGCCGAUGGGUGGGGGUUCAAUUUUGAUCAAUUCUUCGAUAAGAUCACGAUCAAGAAUGUGAGGAAGGACGACGAUGAAGAUUACGACAGUGAUAAGGAGAUUGUGUGGCAGGAUGAUAACUACAUCCGGCCGAUCCAUGACAUAACUGCAAGGCAGUGGGAGGACACUGUGUUUAAGGACUUCAAUCCUCUGAUAAUACUUGUUCACCAUCGAUAUAAAAAGCCUGAAGAGAAUGAGAGGGCAAGGAGUGAGCUGGAGAGGGCAGUGCAGAUGUUCUGGGAAUCUGGGUUGCCUUCGCCGAGGUGCGCAGCUGUAGAUGCUUGUGUCGAGCAUGAUCUGGUAGAUGCUCUGCAGGUGUCAGGUUUCCCUGAAAUCCUCUUCACGCAUGCAGGGAAGAUACUGCACCGCGAUAAAGUGGUUCGGACGGCAGAUGAGUGGUCGAAGAUAAUGGCGUUUUUCUUCUACAAAGCUGGUAGGCCAUCAUUCCUGGAUAAAUCAGUUGGCCAGAGUUGUGAGAAGAUCCCAUCUCUUAAAUAGGAGCAAGAAUUGCUGAAUUAUAACUUUGUUUCUGAUAUCAGAUUACAAAAUAUGUUGUAUAAGGAUUGUAAUGUUGAAAGACAAAUUUACUGUAAAAUAAACAAAACCUUGGAUCAGAUCUUGGACCACAUCAAUUGAUUCAGUAAUUAGCUUC